CACACUACGGUCUAAGCAAGAAACCACCGUCUUUCCCCUCUCGUAGCGGUGGACGAGCGCAAGAGGAGCUACAAGGUGCACGCUCGCAACACCGUCCAUAAGCUGGCGCACGAGACUCGCGACCGGAUAUUUGUGUGCAGCACGGCCACCCCGUUUUUUACAAAAUUCGAAGGCGAGCUGCUCCAGUGGGUCACCACCUUCGACCAGGGCAUAAAGACGGUCGAGGACGCCGAGAGAUACUUUAGCAUUCGGAUGGUCGUUCCGAAGCAAGUUUCUCAAAAAGAUUUACAAGACGUCUCUCCACGUGGUCAGGGACGACGGGAGUUACACCGUGCCCAACGUGGUGGACGUGCGCUACCCUCUGAGCGAAGACGACUUCCCCGCAAUCGGCUGCGACUGCAAACGGGAGACCUGCGACGACAUUCACUGCGUCGUCAAGCGAGUCUUUGACGAGAUUGUGAAGCGUCCCAAGGACAAGCACUUUGUCGUUUCGUACCGCUACGACAUUAGAGAAAACAUUUUGACCAUCAUGAACAACGGCAAGCACGAGAGCAAAACGACGGCCCGAAAGUUUGUCUGGAAAAACAUGACCAUCAUAUUCGUCGUGCCAGGGGACCCCGCCUGGUACCUGACGAAGCUACGCGACAUGUACAACAACUUUACCUCCUCGGUGAUCAUGGUGACCAAUUUCUUUUUCUGCGAAGGCCACACGCUCAAGAACGUCAAGCACAUGCACAUCAUCGGUGGAUUCCCCACCUACGAGUGUGCGACCAUGUUUCAGGCGCUGGGCCGCGUCUCGAGACUCGGCUCGCACAGCAACGUGGACUCGGCCGUGGUCAAGGUGUACAUGUACAACGGCCAGCACUAUGCCACGAGACGCGGCAAGGCCGUCGACAGGGAGAACGUGAUUCGGAGAGCCAUGGUCAGAAUGAUUCGAGACACCCCCCUUUCUCCGGCCACCGCAGACGGUAGACUCUCGAACCUGCUGGCGCUGUACGCGACCAACAACGACGACAACCGCAAGAGCGAGCCUUCCGCAGACGAGAGCGAGAUCGACAAACUCUUGGCCGCCACAUCGCGCUUUGCGUCGUCAAAGUACUCGUACAACAUUACCGGAAUAGGCAUGUGCCUCAUUGACGACUCCAUCAACAGGUACAAGAUUGUCCAGAAGCAAGCCAUGCGGCAAUAUUUAUUCGACAAGCGAGUAAAGACGACCAAGAACAUACGAAUCGUCAAGGACUUUAUGCGAUCCACCUCCUUCGGUCCGGGCGAGAUUUUUCUAUCGGUACUGGACGUGACCUUGACGGGCGACGCGCUCGUCGAUAACAUCAGACGUCACGUUGUAAACAGGUACGUCAUCUCGAACAAGAUUGAUAACUUGCCGCAUUACGCAACGUCCUACAAGAAGCUCAUAAAAGGCGCAAAGCUGGCAAACAUGACCAUAACCGCUCUGCGGAAGGUGCUACAGCAGGCCGGACUCGGGUCCGACUUCACCCACCGCCACGAGGCCAUCCUGGCGUUGUACGAGUGGGGGCGCGCAAGUAACAGGAUCAUUGUCCUGACCCCAGUUAUGACGCGAUGA